CAGCCCCUUGAAGUUGGCUGUGCAUUCCAUAGUUGGACGGCAGAGGGUCAACAACACGCGUUUGCAACGCUCCUUCCCCAAGUAAAAACAAUUCUCGUGGUGAACUCAAAGGAAAAAAACACACUUGCACCACCAGCCCAAAAAGUUUUAGACAUUUUAAAAGUUUCUCUCUGCUUUCACGUCUCACAACCGAGCCCAGCCAAAUCGAAACUGCUCAAGUACGCACGUGGUUUUUGGUCGUCGUCGUCUGUGGUUAUUUCGAUACAUCAUUUAGCAAGCAAGUUUCGAGGCCGUUUAACCAACACCAGUGAAAGUGUGAAUCAUCGGUCAUUACACAAAAACAGAAACGAAAGUUUUGGGGAAUUGUGUGGUCGUCAGUCUGUACAGAGAAAACGAAAAAUUAAGUGUGUGGGUGUCUGUGUGUGUGUGUGCUAAACAUUUCGGGUUCGUUAUCAGUUACUAAACAACGAGGGCAAAAUUGACCAAAAAAUAUAUUAAAAGACUCACCUGAGCUUGAAAAGAAAAGAAAAACGUUAAGGGAAUUAUGAGAUCAUUUCGUGGUGAGUGAGUGCUGCACACAGGAGUCGUUUUCUGGGAGAUAUUAUUUCUUCCUCAUUUCUCCCGCCAUCUCCGCCAUAUUCUUUUCUCGACUUUAUUGUGUUGAUCUUGGCCGUAAGGUGUUUUUUGUUAUUGCAACGACAAACAAACACAAGAGAGUGGGAGAGAAUAUCAGCAGCUAGAAAUAUCUGAAGAAAAAGGCCAACUGCAGUUUUGUGUUGGCUGGGAGCCGGAUUCAUCGCUCACGGAAAAGAAUAAAUUCCUCGUUUGGCCAGUCAAUAACCAUCACAUCAGCAGGACAGCAGAGCAACCGUGAAUUGGACCCCAACAAGGUGGUGUCGGAUGUAGCGGAUUCGUCGCUUUUGUAAUUUCUUCUCCACAUCAAAGCCGAGCGAAAAUGAGGCUGCUGUACGCUUUGGGGGCGCUCCUGGCCGUUUUAGGGAUGGCCGGACGAGCCAACGCCUUUUGUCCGGUCGGCUGUUUCUGCGAUGAUGAAACGCUCCAGGUGACCUGUGACGAAGCCAAUCUCGAAGUCAUUCCCAUCACUCUUAAUCCUUCCGUCCAGCGUCUGGUGCUCCGGCAGAACAAGAUAAAAACCGUCGACGACACGGCCCUUCGCUUCUACGUCGAACUUCUCUACGUCGAUUUCUCUCACAAUAGAUUGGUCGCCAUUCAGGAUAGAACCUUUGAAGGUCAACGCAAACUCAACGAACUCCGGCUGGAUCACAACAAAAUCUCCGUCGUAGGCAACGGCACUUGGCUGGGUCUCAGCCGCGAUCUGUCCAUCUUGUCGCUCAGAGAGAACUAUAUUAGCUCGCUGGAUGAGCGAGCGUUUGCGACUGCCGGAGGCAUCCGCGAACUGGAUCUCGGCCGCAACCGACUGGAGCAGAUCCACCCGGAAGCCUUUGCCGGACUGCCCAACUUGCGCGUCCUCUACUUGGACAGCAAUAAACUGAGUUACAAUUCGCCGCCCAGUUUCCCGGCCUUCCUGUCGCCGCUCCGCCCGCUGGCCGAAUUGAGUCUGGCCGCCAACGAUCUUCCCUGGCUGGCCGACGGCCUUUUUUCCGUCUUGUCCGAACUGAGCCAGCUGGAUUUGAGCGGAUGCGGCGUCCGCAACGUUUCGACUCAGGCCUUCCGAGGGCUCGGACAGCUGCGCGGAUUGAAACUUCACGACAACUUUUUGUCGACGAUCCCGACUCACGCCUGGCCACCUCUCUCCCAUUUGGAGAUCUUGACGCUGGGCCAGAACAACAUUUCCGCCAUCGGACCCAAGGCCUUCGUCGGAUUGACCCGACUCAAGCAACUGGACAUCAACGACGCCGCUCAGUUGGCAACGGUCGACGCUGACUCGUUGUACGCCAACCGCGAACUGGUUCAACUUCGAAUCACCAACUGCAAACGACUGGCCAAGUUACCGGAAGGCUUUCUGGCCCGCUCGGUCAAUUUGCGCCGGUUGGUGUUGAGAGACAACGGGCUGACUUCCCUCUCCGACAAGAUGUGGGGAGGAUCCGGGCCCGGUCAAUAUCAACUGGUUGACCUCGGAGGCAACCCUUUCGAUUGCGACUGCAAGCUCCUCUGGCUCAGGGAUUACCUGCUGGGCAGUUUCAAAACCGCCGUCGGAUCCGUCACGGUGACGCACCACAUGAAGAAACGCGAUGCCGUCGCUGAGAACCAGUUGCUGCCCAUACCGGCCGAGGCCAUUUGCGCCACCCCGCUUCCAGUUUCCAACAUGGCGCUGUCAUCUCUGUCGGACGACGAGCUGGGCUGCCGGACGUCGCUGAUGCGAUCGCCUCAAUUGGUCGUCGGACUGGUGGCCGCCGGCGCGGCCUGUCUCCUCGUCUUUGCGACCUGCGUGGCGUGUCGAUUCCGCAGGCGGAUCAGGCAGACCUGCUGCGGCGCUUCCAAGCCUCACCCAACCAAAGCCGAGGACGCCCGGACGCUGUCCAGCAAGUGGAAGCCGGCGUCACCCAACGCGACUUCAUGGGGCAUCAGCGCUGCCGGAGGCAUCAAUCACGGCGUCAGCCUCAUUGGCAACAACCGAGUCCCGGAAUACCAGAAAGCCUGCUCGCACGAAGAGGAAUGCUUCAUGCGGGCCGUCACACUCCACAACAGCCUCAAACCGUUUCCGAGAACGGAAUUAUAAAUGAAA